GUGUAAACCCACUCCAAAUCAUCCGGGAAUGGAAGGGGCUGCAUAGUCCUGUACUUCAAAAUUAACCACAAAUGGGAGGUUUUGGCAAGUUGGCUUGAUGAAGAAAAGAAAACUCUAGCUUCGCCCAUUCAAUUCAUUCUCCAAUUAUUGGGCACCUACUACGUGCCAGACAGAGGUGGAAUAAUUUCUCCCCUUUUUCAAAGUCGCUAAAAGCGACCAGAGGGCAUAGGGUAGGACCCGAACUUGGAGUCCUGGCUCCGCCCCUUCCGUAUUUGGCUUUGCCUGCCCUUCCCAUCACCACUUCACUCAGAGGCGGCCACUGGCCCAAGACGAAAAAAGAAGCCAGUCUCUGCAGCACCAUCACGUUUUCCAGCUUCAGGUCUCAGGCCAUGUAGCUGAGGAGAGCUCUGAUGUUACACCACCGCCCAAGGAGGCGGGUUCGCUGCGGCUGCUCAAAGGCCAAAGCGAGAAGACCUUAUUGCGCACGCGCAAUAGACAGCCGAUGGAGCCACCAAUGGAGCCGUCCGGAGGGGAGCAAGAGCCGGGAGCCGUCAGGCUCCUGGACCUGCCCUGGGAAGACGUGCUGCUCCCACAUGUCCUGAGCCUGGUGCCGCUGCGCCAGCUGCUCCGGCUGCAGCGCGUCAGCCGGGCCUUCCGGGCACUAGUGCAGCUGCACCUGGCGGGGCUUCGCCGAUUUGACGCCGCUCAGGUGGGUCCGCAGAUCCCGCGGGCUGCAUUGGCCUGGCUGCUGCGGGACGCCGAGGGGCUGCAGGAGCUGGCGCUGGCGCCGUGUCACGAAUGGCUGUCGGACGAGGAUCUGGUGCCGGUGCUGGCACGGAAUCCGCAGCUGCGGAGUGUGGCGCUGGCAGGCUGCGGGCAACUGAGCCGCCGCGCGCUGGGGGCGCUAGCCGAGGGCUGCCCCCGCCUGCAGCGCCUGUCGCUCGCACACUGUGACUGGGUAGACGGGCUGGCGCUGCGGGGCCUUGCCGACCGCUGUCCGGCCCUUGAGGAACUGGACCUCACCGCCUGCCGUCAGCUCAAGGAUGAGGCCAUCGUGUACCUGGCGCAGAGGCGCGGCGCGGGCCUCCGCAGCCUCUCGCUGGCGGUCAAUGCCAAUGUGGGGGACACCGCUGUCCAGGAAUUGGCUCGGAACUGCCCAGAACUCGAGCACCUCGACCUAACCGGCUGCCUCCGCGUCGGAAGCGACGGCGUCAGGACACUGGCCGAGUACUGCCCAGCGCUGCGCUCACUGCGGGUGCGGCACUGCCACCAUGUGGCCGAGCCCAGCCUGAGCCGCUUGCGGAAGCGCGGCGUGGACAUCGACGUGGAGCCGCCACUGCAUCAGGCCCUGGUGCUGCUGCAGGACAUGGCCGGCUUUGCACCCUUUGUCAACCUGCAGGUCUGACCCACCCGCCAGUAGGGCACAGCUGGACUGUGUGGCGGGGGCUGGCUAUGAACUGUAGGGAAACUGGACUGUGGGGGCCUCUGGUGAGAGACCAAUGCCCUCCCCACCCUGGAGUUUCAAAUAAAGAGCUUUUUACCCCUUC